AUGUAUUAAAUAAAAAAAAUUCUAUUAGUAUUAGUUCUAAUAACAUUAGCUCACGCUGAUUUAAAAUGUACUUGGGAAUACUAAAAAUCUACUUAUUUAGCAACAUGUGCAAAUGGUUUAGAUGUUUGCUAAUAAUAUAAUUCAUUAGAUUUAGCAAAAUCUGCCUGUAUUCAAAGUGACGAAUGUUAUGGCAUAACAAAAGUAUUAUACGAAUAGGAUGGAUCAGAAAAUGAAUAAAAAGACAAUAGAGAAAAAAAUGAACCUUAAUACGUAUAUGAGUUAAGAGGUUCCAGUAAUUUCUAAUUUAGUAUAGAUGCUUAACAAGAAUCGUGGGUAAAGAAAACUUGUGAAGAAGAACACUCGGCUUGUUACACUUCCGAAUAAAAAUCAAGAAUUCUUGAUGGAUGUAUAGACGGCUGUCCUUAAUUUGAUGAUCUAGAUUAAGCUUUAGAAGCCUGCACUAAAUAUAAUGAUGUAAAAAAACCCUCAAGGGCUUGUGGAGGUGUAAGUUAUGUUUAGUCAAAUGUAAAAUCUAAAUAGGGAUGGGUCUAUUAAUUGAGACUUUCAAAUUAAUUAUCUCAAGCUUCAAAUUCAAAUAUUAGUUCUUGGUAAAAAAUUCCUUGUGUAGAAUAAAAUAGUAGAUGUGAUUACGGAUUGAGAAGAAACGCAUAUUUAUAAGGUUGUGCUUAAGAAUGUGUAGAUUUUGAUCAUUUAGUUGAUGCAUAAAGGGAAUGUGAUAAAGACAAAUCUUGUACUGGUGUUACUUAUUCUACUAAAGAACUUGGAGGUGCCAGAAGUUAAGGUUCCCGUUAUUAAUUAAGAUCAGGAGCAACUGCGAUUCCUACUACAACUGUAUCCACUCCAUAAACUUCUUGGUUAAAAGCUAAUACUUGUAAAAACCCUGCUCCUUAAAUUAUGGAAUGGAGUAGUGCAUAUUCAGGAUUUUAAUUGGGUGAUUGUGCUGAUGGAUGUGUUGAUUAUAGCAAAUUAUAAGAAGCUAUUAAUGCCUGUUCUUAAUUAGAUGUAUGUGAUGGUAUUACAUAUUCAUAAAUCAAGUUUGGUGGUAAUUAGUCUAAAGGAGCUCACUAAGGUACUUGGGGUUAUUAAUUGAGAAAAUCCACUACUUUAGUUGUUUCUGAAAACAAAGAAAUCUCUUGGGUAAAAAAUGUCAUUAAAUAAUCUUCAAGUAAUCAAGCAAGCGCCUGUUAUAGUGGAAAAUCUGAAAGCAAAGAACUAAUUUCAUGCAUAAACGGUUGUUUGGAUUAUGAUACUUUAGAAACAGCCUUAAAAGAAUGUACUAGAUUAGGAUUAAUUUGUGGAGGUGUCACCUAUGCUGAUAAAUCAGCAGGUUCAAAAGCCAGAGGAGCCACAGAUGGAAUGUUUGGAUUUUAAUUAAGAAAAAGUAAUUAACUUUUUGAAGUUGGAAAUCCCUAAAUUAUUUCAUGGUAAAAAAUCCCUUGUGUAGAUGUAAACACUAGAUGUGAUUUCUAAGUUCAAAGAAACUAAUAUUUAGAAGGAUGUAUUGAAGAAUGCAGUGAUUUCAAAACUCUUUUAGAAGCCUAAUCUGCUUGUGACUAAAAUCCAUAAUGUGGUGGUGUUACUUGGAGUAACCCCGAAUUCGGCGGAAACAAAUCAUAAGGAAAAGUCAAUGGAUAUGGAUAUUAAUUGAGAGCUUCAACUGUUGCCAAAGCUUCUUCUCAUGAAUACUCUUGGGUAAAAAACAAUCUUUGUCCUAUUAAAGAUGAAAAUGAGGAAACUUCUGUAACUGAAUGGUCAAGAGCCUUCUACGGAGUCGAAUUAAAGGGAUGUUGUUAAGACUGUGUCGAUUUCGGAACUUUAGAAGAAGCCAUUUUAGAAUGCAAGAAAUACAAAAGAUGUGGUGGUAUAACUUACGCACAUAUUACUUUCGGAGGACAAAGAUCUACAGGACCGAUUGAAGGUGGUUGGGGUUAUCAAUUGAGAGAAUCCACUAACUUCACACCUUCGAACAACGGAGAAUUUUCUUGGGUAAAAUACGUUAAGUAAAUCUACAAUAUGUCUUCUGAACCCGUAUGUUAUUCUUAAGAAAUCUCCAACACUUAUAUUAAAGGUUGUGCCUUAAAAUGCUAAGACUUCGAAAAUUUAGAAGCUGCCCAAAAAGCUUGUAACGGUGACAUAAAUUGCGGUGGUAUUACAAAAUCUUCAAAAAUUUAAGGAGGCGCUUCUAGUACACUUAACGGUGGCUAUUAACUCAGAGUAGCCGAUCUCGAAACUUCCCCUAACGGAGAAUCUUCAUGGAGAAAAAUAGUAUGUCCACCUCCCAAAACCGUAACUGUAGUACCCUCUCAUGUCUAGACACCUAUUUAUACAUUUAGUAAUGACGUUGAUGAUAGUGAUAUUAGCAAACACAUUAAAAGUAAAGAAUCAUACAAUCAUUAACAUACUACAAAAACACCUACCACCCCAAAACCCCCAACCCCUUAACCCCCAAAAUUCACUACUAUUCCAACAAAACCCAUCACUCCUGCCCCCAAAACUCCUACCCCGAUACCUCCUAUCAUUCCUACACCAUCUAAACCCACUUCUUAAGUUCCUACUGUAAUAACUCCAGUUAUUCCUACUUUGACAACUCCUAUCUCUGUAAAACCCAAACCAACUUCUAAGGUCCCUACUAUAUUUACUCCAUAGGUUCCUUCGGUACCUAAAACUGUUUCAUAUCCAACUUCUUAAGUAAAAACAGUUAUAACACCACCUUCGAUCCCAACUAUGCCUACAAAAGUACCAACAACAAUUGUGCCACCUAAAAAACCUUGUCCUUAAGCAUGUGUUAUUUUCUACACUGAAUGCAACUUCUAAGGUUAAGAAUUGAAAAUAUGUGAAAGUAGUCCAAAAGAAAAAAGAAUAGUCUACAAAAGUGCUCUUGUACCAAAAAAUGUAAAAGCAAAGUUUGUGAUGAAAGCGGACAUUUUCAUUCUUGCUUAAUUCUAAUAACAUAAACAAUAUGUCUGUAUUAGUUGA